UACAAACCUGUCCUUAAAACUGAUAUCUUUCAACUGUUGGUAUGAGGGAAGGUUUUGCUUUGAAUAUUUUAUUUAACUGUUUGCAUGAUUUGAAAUGAACCCAUUGCCCUUAUGUGAUUCCUUUUAUUGUUAAUUUUUAAUAACCUACAGAACACAAAUAAAUGCACACACAUACACACACACUGCAUAAGCAUCAUUCAGUGCUGUAGUUGGACCACCCAAAACACCUCAUUGGUAGCCAUGAUGAACACACCCAACCGUGACCACAUUUUAUCAGCAGUCAGGAUACAAAAACAAGGUCUAUAGGAGGAAAAUAAAAUAGUGCCCUGCAGACACAAUGGCAGUGACAGUGGCUUUGCGUUGAUGCUCUCCCCUUGCUGCAUGUGGCCUUUGAACCCAUUGUUGUGUCGCGGGUGACGUCAGUGCCGUGUGCGGGAGACGGAGCGGCGUGCGCCUGGCGAGACAAAGGCGGCGGACCGACCGGGGUCAGGCAGCAGCACUGAGCCGAGAAUCACUGUUUUUUUUAACUAAAGGUAACCGCUAACCUUGGAUUUGAGCUGCGGUCUCCCUGACGGUACGCAGAAUGAGGACCCAGUGACACUCCCAGGAGUAUGGUUUGACUCUCCAGACAGAGAAAAAACAACAGUGCCCUCCUUGCGUUUUUAAACGUUUUUCUCCUACGCCCCCCUUUUUGCCUGCUAGUUAGCUAACCCGCUAGCUCCUAGCGCUGCACAGCACAACGUUGGUCUCCUCCUCCUCCUCCACCUUCUCCUUCUCCUCCUGGCUGCUUCUCAUCUUUCCCUCAAGAGCUGGGCGACAGCCGAAGACAGGACCUCGUCGACGAAGGCAAGAUAAAAGGAAGAAGAGCAGGGUGAGCUCACUCCCAACAAACAGGCAUCCGUGAUCUGAUGUGAGAUCCACGGAGAGACUAUGCCUAGCCCUUUAUUCCACCCCGAGAUUAUGGACCACGACGUGGUGAUCAGCAGCCAGCACAACGGGGUCGGUCUGCCCCGAGAGACAGACCAGGAGUCCCGGGAAGAGGACCACCAAGAGGCGCUCCGCUUUGCCCUGGACCAGCUGUCACUCAUGGCCCUGGAGAAAGUGGACUGUGGGGGCGGCGGUGGCAGCGGAGGAGGCGGGCUGGUGGACACUCUGGAUGGGAACCAGGGUCCGGGUUCUGAGAGCUGCAACGGUGUGGGUGGAGGGGGGUACGUGGACCUACAGAUGCUGGAGCAUCCCGGCGGGUCACGGGACUCCCCGACGUCCUGCUCUCCAUCCCCGGAGUACUACGGCUCGGGCGGGUACCACAUGACCGGCUCGCACUCCAUGCUCCACGGGGAACAAAGCUCCGUCCUCUGCAGCAGGAAAAGAAGUGUCAACAUGACUGAAUGUGUGCCUGUCCCCAGCUCAGAACAUGUGGCUGAAAUAGUGGGGAGACAAGGUUGUAAGAUCAAGGCCUUGCGUGCCAAAACAAACACCUACAUAAAGACUCCCGUGAGGGGCGAGGAUCCUGUUUUCAUCGUGACGGGACGCAGGGAGGAUGUGGAGAUGGCCAAACGUGAAAUUGUCUCUGCGGCUGAGCAUUUCUCUAUGAUCCGGGCAUCCCGCUGCAAAGCUGGAGGACCUGGUGGAGGGGGCUCGCUUCCUGGACCACCACACCUACCUGGACAGACCACCAUACAGGUCAGGGUGCCCUACAGAGUAGUUGGUCUAGUUGUUGGACCGAAGGGAGCAACUAUCAAGCGCAUCCAGCAACAGACUCACACCUACAUCGUGACACCUAGUCGAGAGAAAGACCCUGUGUUUGAGGUGACUGGGAUGCCAGAAAAUGUGGACCGAGCGAGAGAGGAGAUCGAGACCCACAUCACCCUGCGAACUGGAACCUUUGUGGACCUGCAGGGAGACAACGACUUCCACACCAACGGCACUGAUGUCAGUCUGGAAGGCCUGGGCUCUCUGAGUGGAGGACUUGGAGCAUCUCUGUGGUCCAGGGCUACCAAUCACCAUUCUGCCCCCCCUCCGCCUCCACCUUCCCCCCCUCCUCCUAUUCCCAUGUCCAUGCACCACUCCUCCAACCGGAAGAUGUCCUCCUCCGUCGCCUAUCACACGCACAACAGCGGGAUGAGCUCAGACAGCUUCAGCACCACCCGCAAAGCCAACGAGGGAGGCAGUCCCACUAGCCCUUUUAGCACAGGCUCCAGCAGUGCUGGAGGAGGAUUCACUUUUGGGGGCGAUUCCACCCCAGGACUGCCCUCCUCAGAUGAACUGGGCUUUGAGUUCAGUGCUUCCAACAUAUGGGCGCCUUUCGUCAACGGUGGAACAGGCAAUAAGACAGCCGGCUCCUCCCAGCAGCAGCCUCUACGUCGCAACAGUAGCGGCCUCAGCGGUGGCGCCAUCACUCCACGAUUGUCUCCAACUCUGCCUCAGGACACAGGCGUGGGCCCUCUGGAUCACCCGCUAGCCCGUCGUGCACAGAGCGACCCCCUCAGCACUCUCUCAUGGCUACAGUCUGGCAGCGCAGGAGGCGGCUCCUUCUCUGGAGCCUCCAGUUCUAGCUCUGGCGGCUCGUCGACCGGUUACUCCUCCUGCUCGGCCUCCUCUCUACCUGGUGGCUCUCCCACUGACUCAGAGGGAGGCAGCAGCGGCGUCGGUCUCAGCUCGGGGAUGCUGAGCCGGCUGAAAGGCAGCUCUGGCCCUGGGGUCGCGGGUCUGGUCGGCGUUGGCCCCGGGGUCAACAGGGACUGCUUUGUGUGUUUCGAGAGCGAGGUGACAGCAGCCCUGGUGCCUUGUGGCCACAACCUGUUCUGCAUGGAGUGUGCCGGGCAAAUCUGCCAGUCAGCUGAGCCAGAGUGCCCUGUCUGCCACACCCCAACCACACAGUGCAUCCGCAUCUUCUCUUAAUGCCCCGAGCAGGGGGGUGGGGUGGGGGAUAAAAUAUGAGGGUUGGGUGACAGGAAGAGGACUUGAGUGGGGCACCAGCUGUGGCGGAGGCGAUGGAAGGAUUCACACUAAUAACCUUCACACACACAUGAUGGACCAUAAUAAAUACAUUAAUAGAGAUGAUGAUACUAUAAGGAUGUUGAUUUAUUGCUCAUAACUGUCAAGAUUAAUAAUAACAAUAAUAAUAAUAAUAAUAAUGACAAUGACUUAUUUUCAGAGUGAAGUUAAUUGAAACUGGUCUGCAGACAGUUGGGGCUCAGACAGUCUCUAGGUGGUGAACUUAUGGAAGGAAACUAGUGUCUUAUCUCUCUUCAGGCCUUCAUUUUGACCCGGAGCAGCCUGCAUCGCUGGCCGCCGGUCUGUCUCAACAUUUCUUCAUUCUGGCUUCUUCAGAUCUCUGCCUGCUUUCUCUCUCACAGCCUUUCCUUUUGACACUUUUGUACUUAACAGAUAUUUUUCGAUGAAGCUGUCACUGAGGCCUGCACUUUUCUACUCCUUAUUUUAAUGUUCUUGACAGGACGCAAACUGUUCCAACAAACAAACCCCUUGCUUUCUCCUCUGCUCUCACUCAUGCUGUUGUUUGUGACAUGAAGCGGCGGGGUUGCUAUUUUUCUGUAAGCUUGGAACUUUUUUAAAGGUCGGCAUGUAGUCAGGCACCAAGCAGAACAAUACACCCGAGGGACCUCUUAAGGAUGAAUUCCUGUUUCUCGUUGCCACAGAAGAAAAAUUAGCCAUCAGUAAUGCCAAAUGAAUGCUAUUAAUAGUCGUCUCGUAAUUCCUGAUCAAACUCAAUAACAUGUUGGAUGAAUUUGGAUGAGUUUACCCCACAUUUCAAAUGUGGCUGCUGCAUCAAUUCACAUUAAUUAUCCUUUAAUACGUCAGAAACGUACCAUUAGUGAUACUGAAGGAAUGUGUCUGAGGUCUGUACGUUUGGGCUGCCUGACAAUCCCUUUACAUCUCUCUAUCUUGCGCGCGCAUGUGUGUGUGUGUGUGUGUGAGAGUAAUGCCCACUCAUGCUGUUCUUCAUGUCGGCAUCGUUAUAUGUCCUCACCUUGAGAAGGUCUGGUUUCUGUCCUGCUGCCCCUCUCCUUCACUUCACUCAGUCUUAUAGGAAGGCGAUGCUCUGAUCCAUCCACACCGGGACAUUUUCCUGUCAUAUCCUGUCUGUUACACUUAGAUCGACUCAUUUAGUGUUUUAUACUAGUUUUUGACUCUUGACUGUCGAGUGUGUGGCUUACAGACAUAUUUUGAAUUUUAGGAUAAGAUAGGGCUUUUCUGAUGUCACACGUGAAUGUUUUGUCCAAUAAGGUUAAGGAGAGAUGUCCACUCCUCCCACAUGAAACAAUAGUAAGGGGCUCGAUUGAAGCAUUUUUUUUUCAUGCACUGUAACCCACAGCCCCUCUAAAAAGUAAAAAAUCUAAAAAAAAAAAAGCAAAAAAAAAAAAAACAAAAAGAAACAGUUCUUACUGUUUUGUUAAGUUUUGGUCUUCCACCCCACUCUCACAGCAAAGCUGUAUGGCACUCUCAGAUGACACACUGUCACACCCAUAUAGCGCUGUACUCCCGGCCAAAUGUAGUGCACUAUAUGGUUAGUUGUUUGCGAUUUGUCCUGUGUUUCAUAGCAUAACUUCCGAUGAGGCAGUUGCAUCCUGUUUUUGUGUUUGUGCUUUUUUUUUGUUGUUUGUUUUUUUUGUUUUUUUCUCUCAAGAGUUUGCAGUAACUGCCUCCUAUAGUGUUAAUACUGUACGGAAGAUUUGGGCGAUGUCUGUGUGAUGGUACACGGUUGCUGUUUGUGGCCCUUUUGAACAUAACAUGGAAUUAGCUCAUAGAAUGAGACAAGCCAUGACAACUGAAUUAAAAUGACACAUACCUAAUUCUCAAGGGCUUCCUCUGACUGCACAGACACAUGAUCACAUUUUUCAGGCUCGCACAGUAGGAAAGAAUCAACUUAUCCUUUAUGGCAGCUAGUAGCUAGGUCAUCCAGGGCUUCCAGACACUCUUUGUGUUCAAAUCCCAGCAGCUGCAGAAUGUUUUUGCUUGUUGUUAUUAAUUAUUUUCUUAACUGUCCCUACACAGUCAUCACAUUCAGAUCCUAUUAGAGUGUAGGGCAUCGCCGUCACAGUGUGUCCUCCACCCUGGACGUAGCCGCAGAUCAGGAUGGGUUGUGGGGUUUUAAUAACAAGGAAAAAAGGGUAACUCUACUUGAGUAAAUGAUAGGUGAAAAUGGGCAGUUGCUGCUGUGCUUUGGUGCUCCAGCCAGUGUAAUGUUCGACUUAUUUGCUGUCUUGACUGUUUGUUUGCUACUUGGGUGACAGGGGCAGUAGGAAUCUAAUAAGCAGCUGUCCUGGUUGAGCGCAGCAGUGCACUGAUUCAUGUGUCCACACGUGUAGGAAAAAUCUGCCCAGGAGCUGUACUGGUAGUCUUUCUAAAGGCUAUCCCAUGGUGCUUUGGUUGCAGCAGGAGGUCCACUCAAGUUGUCAGUCAAAACUCUUGCAGUGCAUCGUAGACCUGGCAACCCUGUUCUCAUUCUCGUCAAAACUGGCAACCCAUCCCGUCUGAUGUCGGGCGUCGCAUUUCAUCUUCUUACUCGUGCACACUCUGAACAGAUGCAGGGCCACGAAUAUGUCUGAGUGAACAGAUCAGUCGUGUCUACUGUGUGAGUCUGUUGAGGCCAAUCUUGCAGCCCAUCUUCAAACUGUCCAAGUCGACGUAUUAAAGAAAUUGUUGUAUUUUGCCAGAUGGGUCUAAUGUCAGUCCUGGUGCUGCACUGGGAUUUUUCUGGCCAAUGAGAGAAUGUUAGGGUUUAAUGUACAGUAGUUUAAUUGUUAAAAAGGUACAAAUGUUUUCAGAUUGACUGCUGAUUUUUAUUUUAUUUUAUUUUUUGUUAGCCAAACUUACCCCCUCCCCCAUUUCCUUCCUAAAGGUUUGAAAACAGGGUUUCCUGAGGCAUGCUAGCCAGUGACCUCUGACCUUUUUUUUUUUGUGAUUAGAGGGGGGAUGCAAAGAGAGCCACGCCAUUAAGGGGUGACAGACUCCCCUUAAGCCUCCGCUCUUCUAUUUUUGCUUUAAUUCUCUUUGUAUGCAGAACCAAAAUGUAAAACGUCAGCAAACUAGGUUUCAGUCCUGACCUGUGUGUGUAUAUACCCUGAAUACAAUCAUUGGGAUCUUGUUUUCAAAAGCAAAAUGACUUAAUUGAAGAUAAGUGUAGUUUCUAAAGAACAUGUAUCAUUAUUUGUAAGUUAACCAUCUGCAUGUCUUCAAGCCACCUGGCAUUAGCUAAUAAUUUUUAAGAUUUAAAAAAAAAAAAAAAAAAAAUUUUUACACAUUUUAUUUUUUACAAUUUAUUUGCUUACCUAAAUAUCCCAGACAAUAAUGUGACCCUUUUUAUUACUUCAAAUUUAUUUUUAUUUUCCAUUUUUUAUUUUCCUUAUUUCCUGUGUACUACAUAUAGGCAAUUUAUAACAAAAUGAGAAAACUAUUGAAGAAAUUUUAAAAUUGAAAUAUAUUUUAUUUGAAAGUUUAUGGACCUUUUAACCGUGACCCGGGAAAAUUGUAUAAUCAUAUAAUUUGAGCUGACUUGACGGUUAUGAGAAAUGUAUCAAGAGUUUUAUUUUUUAUGCUUCUUUAAUAAAGUCUUGUUUUUUGGUUUCAUUUUUUUACUGUAAAAUAAGAA